AUGGGUCGUGUCAUUCGUGGUCAGCGUAAGGGUGCUGGCUCUAUCUUCAAGUCGCAUACACACCGUCGUAAAGGUCCUGCAGCUUUCCGUGCUUUGGAUUUUGUUGAGCGUACGGGUUAUAUCAAAGGAGUGAUCAAGGAGAUCGUUCAUGACUCUGGUCGUGGUGCACCUUUAGCUCGUGUGACAUACCGUGAUCCAUACCGUUUCCAACAUAAACAUGAACUGUUGAUUGCGGCUGAGGGUAUGUACACGGGUAUGUUUAUCUACUCUGGUCCGAAGGCCACAUUAGCUGUGGGCAACACUCUGCCUUUGUCGGCAAUGCCAGAAGGUACUAUCGUGUGUAACGUGGAGGCUAAGGUCGGUGACCGUGGUUCAUUUGCUCGUGCUUCCGGCGACUACGCUGUGAUCGUGACCCACGAUGAAGACAAGGCCAAGACUAAGCUGCGUCUUCCUUCCGGCUCAAAGAAGACCGUUUCCUCGGCGUGCCGUGCUAUGGUUGGUGUUGUCGCUGGUGGGGGUCGUACGGACAAGCCAAUUCUUAAGGCUGGCCGUGCUUUCCACAAGUACCGCGUCAAGCGUAAUGAGUGGCCGCGUGUGCGUGGUGUUGCCAUGAACCCCGUGGAGCACCCUCACGGUGGUGGUAACCACCAGCAUAUUGGUCACCCGUCGACGGUACGUCGUGAUGCCCCUGCUGGUAAGAAGGUUGGUCUUAUUGCUGCUCGCCGUACGGGCCGUCUACGUGGUAUUAAGAAGGUAGAGAAGGACAACUAA